AUGACUUGGAAAAAGAAGUUUAAUCAGGGAGAUCAGCCAAUUAUAGAUGCAUCAUCAUAUCCAUAUACUGUUUUUGUAACAAACUACCCUCAGCAGCAAUCUCCAAACGCAGUUAUUAGUUUUAUUCAAUCAAUUGUUCAACAAAAUUUACAUCACGACCUUGAUAUACAAAUGAAAACUCUUUGGGCAGAUGGCAUAUCAUUCUGCCUUCCAAAUCAAAAGCAAUAUAUAGCAGCGUUGAAUACAAUGGGAAGUCAAUUCGGAAAUCAGCACUUAUGGGUCAUUCCUUUUCCCGGCAUCCUUAAGGAAGAUUCCAUCACGUUUUCCAAAAUAUUCGAAAAGAAUUUCCAAAAUAAUGUCAUGGAUUUAUCAUAUUUAUUUAAUAAAUUGCAAGAAGAAUCAAAUUCUAAUUUUCAUUUUGCUAUUAAUAUCCAGGAGCAUCUUGAAUACUUAUUCUAUCGACUUGGGCAAGAAUGCAAAGAACAUAAUACAAUUAUAAGAAUUUUAAAGCUGUCUAAUAAUAACAUUACCAUGUUUAAUCAGUUAGAUAGACUACUUUGGUUUCUUCCUGGUCUGGAAGAACUAGAUUUAACAAAAAAUCCUUUAACAAUGCCACCAGUUGCUAAAGAAUUUCCAAAUAUCAGAAUUAUGUGUUCAAUUCCAGGAAGCUAUGAUCCUAACGCUAAGAAAUGGAAAUCUAAAUCAAAAUGGUAA